GGUCGGAGUGGGACCUACAUCCGGUUCAUGGAAGCGAGGUGUUGAUAGCAAAACCAUAGAUAUGAAGGGCAAAACAAACAAAAAGAGGCUGCAAAUUUAAAUUUUUUUUAUCGAAACUAAGAACAACAUGAAUGCAUCUGUGGUCUGUGGGAAGCGACCCCAUGUAAUUCAAACCAGGGUUCCACCAGAAGAAAGUGAAGACAGUUGUCUCAGUGACAGUGGGGAUAGCGAUGAUGACUGUCCUCCUAAACCAGGUGAUGAAAACAGCAGUAAUAAUGCUCUAUUUUUGUGUAGAGUUUCAGUUUUUUGUGUUGUUUACAUACAGUCGUGGAAAAAAUUCUUAUAGACCACCCUUGUUUUCUUCAAUUUCUUGUUCAUUUCAAAGCCUGGUACCACUAAAGGUAUAAUAUAACAACCUAAUCUUGACAGUCCUGGUAAAAUAUAGCUUCAAAUAAGUUUUCCCAGCUAAUUUUAAGAUCUCAAUAUUCUAAAUAUCACAUCUUAUUUCAAGAAAUCUCACCAAGCCAUUUUUUACUUGUUCUAUUGGCAGAUUUUUUUUCUACUUAUUUCAGGGUAAAAGUUCUUUGAAAUAAGUUUUUUUUUCUUUUUUUAAGAAGGGCAUUUUUUUCCAGUGAAAUGACUUCUUUUUGAGAGUGAACAGCAUGGCUCAACCUGAAAACGGAACAGAAAUAAAACAUUAAAUAUAAAAUCUUGAUCCGUUUCUAUACAUUCGGAGAAAAUUUGAGGUUAUUUCAAUGAGAACUGCCAAAUUUAUUGGCCUGCGAAAUGAUGUCAGAUUUUUUGGGACACCCUGUAUAAUGUAGAUAAAAAUGUCUGCACUUUUCUAUAGUGAUUUCUUCUUUCUACAUAAGGUAAUGAAGGCAGCAGUAGUGAGAUUACUGACAACAGCAGCGAUGAAGACUCUACCACCAGUGCUUCUGCUGCAAGACGGAAAUCAGCUGCUGCUACUACAAACAGAAGAAAACAAAAGGUAGCAUGGAAGACAGUGAAGCAAGAGAACUCUGCGAAAGACGUCCCAGUGUGGCAGGGUGCUCUUCCAGAUUUUGAUGCGAUCAGUCUGCCCAUUGACUACUUCAGAGACUUUUUUGACGCUGAUCUUUUGCAUACUAUUGUGGAGCAAAGCAACCUGUAUUGCGCACAACAAAAUCCGACACGCGCGCUCAAAUUGGAUCCGAAUGAAUUGGAGCAGUUUAUCGGCACUGCAGUGUACAUGAGUGUUUUUCAUUUGCCGCGGUCGAGAACGUACUGGUCCCGCGAGUGUCGAGUUUCGCAGGUGGCCGACAUAAUGUCCCGCGACAGAUGGGAGGAAAUAAAACAUUUCAUCCAUUUCUGUGAUAACGCGGCACCCAGCAGCGGUGAUAAGCUUUUCAAAGUCAGAUCGCUUAUUGAUUCACUUCUCCCCAAAUUUCAGGCUCUGCCACAAGAUCAGAUGUUGUCUAUUGUUGAGCAAAUGGUGCCGUUUAAAGGCAGAUCAAGCCUGAAGCAGUAUAUCCCCAAGAAACCCUACAAAUGGGGAUACAAAAUCUUUGUGCUUUGCGACACAAAAGGCCUGGUGCAUUCAUUUGACAUAUUUUCAGGAAAAACGGAUCCUGCACCAGGACAAGCAGAUAUUGGGGAAAGUGGGAACGUCGUGCUAAAGCUUGCACAAGUCAUCCACGGUACCGUCAAUCAGCUGCUGUACUUUGACGAAUGGUUUUCGUCCUUGGAUUUGUUUGUUGCUCUUGCCAACAAAGGGAUACCCGCUCUCGGGACUGUGAGGGAAAACUGCCUGCGAGGUUGCACUUUCAGCGCAGACGCAGAGAUGAAGAAGAAGGGAAGAGGGACAUUUGAAGAGCAAGAAGCUGUUGUGGAUGGCGUGGAAGUAAGAGCAGUCAAAUGGUUUGACAACAGGGGGGUAAUCGUUGCCAGCACUUUUGCCAGCGCUCAGCCUGUUUCCAGCGUAGAACGAUGGGAUAAAAGGUUGAAACAGAAUGUGUCUGUGGAAUGCCCAAGCAUCAUCGGCUUGCACAACAAGUUCAUGGGUGGCGCUGAUGCUCUUGAUGCACUGAUUGCACAGUACCGCAUCCACAUACGGUCUAAAAAGUACUAUCACAGGUUAUUUUUUCACUUUGUGGAUAUGGUGAUUGUCAACAGCUGGUUGUUGUAUCGGCGUGAUUGCGAGUCACUGUGUGUCCCAAGAAAGCUGCAGAAGGAUUUGCUAGCGUUCAGGAUAUCCGUUGCAAGGGCACUCUGCAUGCAAGGCAAGGAUCUGUCGAGGAAGAGGGGGCCGCCUUCACUGGAUGUUGAAAGUGAGUUUGAGAAGAAGAAACAUCGAGGUCCAGCUAAGGCUAUUCCGACACAGGAGGUGCGUUCAGACGCCGUGGGUCACUGGCCAGUGGUUGAAAGGGAGCGGCAACGCUGCAAGCACCCAAAAUGUAAAGGCCAGACUGUUUUUAAGUGCUCAAAGUGCAAUGUUCAUCUGUGCCUCAAUAAAAACCACAACUGCUUUCGUGAAUUCCAUGAGUAAGAGCCAAAGGGUCAAAUCUGGCCCACUGGAGGACUUUAAAGGUGUGAGAAAAAUGGACACAGACGGUUUCUAGCUGAUGUUACAGUGUAAAUAGUGGAUCAAUAAAAAUUUUAAUUACA